AUGGCCGACAACAACAACCAGCAGCCCGGUCUCGUUGGCAGCCACGCCCAAUACGUCAAGGGUGCUGCAGAGGCUACCAUUGGUGCCAUCACCGGCUCUCAGCCCUGGAAGGCCUCAGGCGAGCAGGACAAGGCCGCUGGUCUUGCCGAUAUGAAGAAGGCUGGCGAACUUCGAGCACAGAACGACCCCAACAACGAGCACGGAUAUGGAAAGGCCGAGGAGCUUGCUGGCAAGCUCACUGGAUGCCAAGGCAUGGAGCGCGAGGGCGCUGAGAGUGUCAACCAGAAGAAGGAUUAA